AUGGACAAGAAACGCGCCGGUGCCUCUGACGGUGGCGAUGCCAAGCGCAUCAAGUCUGAGCCUGUAUGGAGGCAGAUGGCACAGCGCCGGGCUGCAGGUCCUGUAGCGCCUGGCAGCAAGGCCAUCCCCGAGGGCAAGCCACAUUGCCUAGCGGGUCUCACGCUCGUUUUCACUGGUGAGCUAUCAAGUAUAUCGCGAGACGAUGCCGUGGAUUUGGCAAAGCGGUACGGUGCGAAGGUUACGACGGCUCCUUCGUCUAAGACGUCCUAUGUGAUCCUGGGCGAGGGUGCAGGCGCGAAAAAGCUCGAGAUGAUUCAAAAAAACAAAAUCAAGACACUCGAUGAAGACGGCUUUUUGGGCCUCAUUGCCGAGCGCGGCACGCAAAAGCUCGAUCCCGCGGUCACAAAGAAGCUCGAAGAAGAGGAAAAAAAGGUACAGGCUGCGGCAAAAGCGCUCGACACCCCGAAUACAACGCCCGGUCAGCUCUGGACGUCCAAGUAUGCGCCGCGCCAAUUGCGUGACUUGGUCGGCAACAAGGCGCAGAUCGAAAAGCUGCAGGCGUGGCUCCGUGACUGGCCCAAGUCUCUCAAAGCGAAUUUUAAGAAGCCAGGUCCUAAUGCCACCAAUACGUUCCGAGGUAUGCUCAUCUCUGGUGCACCAGGCAUCGGCAAGACUACCGCCGUGCACUUGGUAUGCGCGCUCGAAGGCUACGAAGUCCUUGAGCUUAAUGCGAGUGAUACUCGCAGCAAGAAACUCUUGGAAUCUGAGCUGUCUGAUACCAUCCAUAAUCGCUCGAUUGGCAGCUGGAUGCGGGGUCAACCGACGAAGGGGCGACUUGCGAUUGUGCUCGACGAGGUAGAUGGCAUGUCGGGUGGUGAUCGAGGGGGCGUGGGAGCCAUCAAUGCCCUGAUUCGCAAGAGCCAAGUCCCCAUCAUUUGCAUCUGCAACGACCGACGCAAUCCCAAGAUGCAGCCUCUGUACACCACGACCUUCAACAUGACCUUUUCAAAGCCGACGGUCCAGGCGAUUCGUUCGCGCAUGCUUUCGAUUGCUUUCCGCGAGGGAUUGCGCGUUCCUGCCGAAGUCAUGGACCAGCUCAUCCUCGCAGCGCAAGGUGAUCUGCGUCUUGUUACGAAUAUGCUCUCGACAUGGAAGCUGUCCCAGAAAACCAUGUCCUUCGAUCAGGGCAAGGCCUUUGGUGCGAUGCACCAGAAGCCCACCAUGCAUACGCCCUUCUCGUUGUACAGCGAGCUCAUGAGUCCUCAGCGGUUCGGACCCCUCAACAAGCAAAGUCUCAACGACAAGCUUGACUACUACUUCCAGGACCACUCGAUUGUGCCGCUGAUGGUUGCCGAAAACUAUAUCAAGAGCCUGCCUGCGCCUGUUCAGAAAGAAUCGGCGGCGCCGCUGCGUGAGUGGAAGCAUUUACAUGCGAUUGCCCAAGCCUCUAACUCGAUCUCUGACAGCGAUUUGAUCGAAUCUCUUAUGCGCGGAGCGCAGCAGCACUGGUCGCUCUUACCACACCACGGCAUUGCCAGCACGAUCCGCCCUUGUUCGUUGACGUAUGGUGGACACUCGUCCUUCCCCGCUUUCCCCUCAUUCUUAGGCCAAAACUCGAAGCGCAUGCGGCUGCAGCGCCAGCUGGUCGAGCUGCAAACGCACCUGCGUCUUCGCACGACGGGAUCGAAAGACGACGUGCGUCAGUCGUACGUCUCGGGCCUCCUGGGCCAGGUGGUCGACCCUCUGCUGGACCGUGGACAAGAAGGCAUCCGGGACGCGAUGCAGGCUAUGGAUGAAUACUACCUCAUGCCACAAGAUCGCGAGACGCUAGUUGAACUCGAACUCACACACGGCCGCGAGGACCGACUCAAAAAGCUCCCAGCCUCGGCCAAGUCUGCAUGGACCCGCGCCUACAAUGCAGCCACGCACCCUGUCGCCUUUCAGCCGGGCGCCACGGGUGCCGCGCCAAAAGCGCGUGCGCUGGCAUCUGAGAGCAUACCUGACAAUGAAGAAGCGUACGUGGACGAUGAACCAGACGAUGUCGAUGACCCGCCCAAGGACGAUCAACGCGAUGCGCUCAUCCGACCGACCAAGCCACGCAAGAGCAAAGGAGCUACAUAG